CUUGUAGUCGAUACCUUUCAAAUUCUCUAUGCAGCUCAAAGCGCUUCUCACCGCUGCUCUUCUCUCUGCAAUGACGGAGUCGAUUCAAGCCUCCAGCCUCACCAGGCUUGCGAAGCGUGCGCCGACCUGUGACGAGGGUGUCGGGACUGCCUGCACGGUCGCAGAUGCGAACAAUUGUUAUGCCGGGAUCGCUGUAAGUGACCUCACCGAGGACGAGGACGGUCGCCAGCAGUGCUCCGGGAUCAUCUCAGACUCCGUCAACGAUUGCAGCUGUUCGUGCGACUGCGGCGAUGGGUCUUUGUUUGAUAGUUUACAAGACUUUGAGGAUACCUUUGACGCGAUCAUCAACACCUGCAUCAACGCUGCGGAACCAGGGUCCAACACGUACGUGGGCGGCUCGAGCACCGUCACUUGUACCGUCACAUGAACGUGUUCAACUUCAGAGCCUUAGUUGCUUUGAUACAGAGGAACACACCUGCAGUUACUGCGCUCACCAUGCUCUUCAUGCCUUGUAGUCUGAACGACGACUGUAUAUUUAACACUGUUUUAUGAUG